CGAUCGCGUCAAUAAUACACCGUCUCAAAUCAGAGGCAGGCAGCCACAGCGAAAGGAGACCGCAUCAGAUCGCACCUCUUUCUCCUCCUCCUACUCCGCCGCCUCCCUGAAGAUAUCGACGAAUCGCUGAUCGAAUUCCGGGCCGUUUCUCGGGCGUUCGCCUCCCUGGUGGUGGAUGGAAGCCAUCAGGAAGCAGGCCUCCAAGCUCAGGGAGCAGGUCGCCAGGCAGCAGCAGGCUGUUUUUAAGCAAUUUGGAGGUAGUGUAUAUGGAGGUUCUGAUAAUGUAAUUACAGAUUCACCAGAAUAUCAGCAGCAUCAAAAACUAGAAAAGCUUUACAUAUCAACCCGAGCUGCCAAGCAUUUUCAAAGGGAUAUAGUCCGUGGCGUUGAAGGCUAUAUUGUUACAGGAUCCAAACAAAUUGAAAUAGGCAAUAAAUUAUCUGAAGAUAGUAGGAAAUAUGGCGGUGAGAACACCUGCACCAGUGGAAAUACACUGUCAAAAGGUGCUUUAUCUUUUGGAAGAGCUCGUGCUCAAAUGGAGAAUGAACGUGGGAAUCUUCUAAAAGCUCUUGGUACCCAGGUUUUGGCACUUGUUUCCCAAGCUAAUUUUUUAUGCUGCUCUUCUAACAAUGCAGCCCAGAUUAUUGGCUUAUGGAACUUACAGAGUUUUUUUGUUGCAGAGCCAUUAAGAGCUAUGGUAAUGGGUGCUCCAUUGGAAGAUGCUCGACACCUUGCCCAGAGAUAUGAUAGGAUGCGCCAAGAUACUGAAGCUCAGGCUAUUGAAGUUUCAAAGCGUCAAAUAAAAGUAAGAGAAACUGUUGGUGGUGGUGACUACAUUUCAAAGUUAGAAGCCGCGGAAGCCAAGUUGCAGGAAUUAAAAUCUAAUAUGGCAGUGUUGGGUAAGGAAGCCGUUGCAGCAAUGACAGCCGUGGAGGCCCAACAACAAAGAUUAACCUUACAGCGGCUUAUUGCUAUGGUUGAAUCAGAGCGCACUUACCAUCAGAAGGUCCUACAAAUUCUCGAACAACUUGAAGCAGAGAUGCUGUCAGAGCGUCAAAGAAUUGAAGCAUCUCCAAAUCCAGCAACAGAAAACUUUGUGCCGCCUCCCCCAUCAUAUGAAGAAGCCAAUGGCAUUUUUGCUAACUCAACUGGUGAUACAUCAACUGACACCAUGGAAUACUUUUUAGCUGAGGUUAUUCAAUCAUAUCAGGCCGAGACAGAUGUGGAGCUUAACUUGUCAGUUGGUGACUAUGUUGUUGUACGUAAGGUAUCAAAUAAUGGUUGGGCUGAAGGUGAAUGCAAAGGAAAGGCAGGUUGGUUCCCUUGCGCAUACAUCGAGAGGCGGGACCGUGUGCUUGCAAGUAAAAUUGUUCAAAUUUUGUAGAAAAAUGUCUCUGGGAGAUGUCUAUCUGCUUGUUGUAAUGUCUGGGCUUCCAUAUCCUGGAAACAAAUCGUGUUUGUCUCUUCAGUUUAUUAUUUUGUUCUUGCGUUCUUGGUUCGCUAUGUUUAUUUUAGAUGGCCAAUUUUGUCAACUGAAUUCACGAUGCUGUCUUGUAUCUUUGUCCAAGGUUAAGUGGAUCAUGCAUGGAAGAAAGUUAUUUAUUGCUCUACGCACUUAACUCAUAA